AGAAUAUAAUCACUAUGUUCAAUUAUGUUCAUCAGAAUAAUAUACCUAGAUCCUCCUGAACUGUCUUCCAAUAGAGUAGAAGACUCCGAAGAAAGAGUUUUGUUGGUGAACCCAAAAUGCCUGGUCAGGAUCAUGCUGGAGUACAUAAGGAGCAGGUGUAAUCUGGGUCUGUACACGUGGUUUGACCUGUGCGACGAGAGCGGAGCCGUCAUGGGAUUGUUCGACAUGCCUUCGUAUGAGUAUCCCACAGAGAAGUUCCAAAAUGGCGGCACUUAUUACGUGAUUGUGAUUAAACAGGAGAAGACCAAACAGAUAUUCCCUCAAGUGAACAACAGUAAUCCUCUCCACGCUGAGCUGAAAGAGCGCGUGCGCAGGUUUCUGGAUGGAAGACAUUCUGCCACCUCCAUCUCUAAGGUGAAGGCAUGAUGAUGA